UUAUAUAACCACAUAUAGCCCCGCCCUCUUUAGACAGCGUUGUUAAUUGUAUAAAACACGACUAGGAUGGGAACUAGUUGAUAUAGGUAUCCCAUCUUACCCCACAGUGCUAUACAUGUUUGUAUGAGUAUAUAUUCAUAUUUUCAAAGAAACUUUUUUUUAAUAUGGUCACAUAAUACGUCGUACGUAUAUAAGUUCUUGUGUAAUACCCGCGCGUUUAACCGCCGUGUGCAUUUCUGUUCCAAUUACGAAACAAAUGUGUUUACAGCUGAUUUAAUUAUCAUACAAUACAAGUUAUGCCAUCGGAAUUCAGUUCUGUUGUUUGUAAUCCUUUAUUUCAACACAGCCGCCAACAGCAGCGUGUAGAAAUCCGAAACCAAUCUAUUGAAUACUAUGGAAGAUAUCUCUGCCUAUAGCGUCCCGGCUUAUCAUUCUAUUCUGCCAUCGUAAGAACAACUAGAAUGCUGAAACACUGGGCCACAAUCCCAAGGUCUCCUAAGCAAGGCAAAGUGUCAGUUGUACCUGCCCCUCCCGGUUGUGACGCCACAACAAGGAUUGUGCCUGUUGCUACAGGCGAGAGCGAGACGAGCACCGAAAACAGCAGUGAUGACGAUGAAAGCCUUUCAACUCUUUACGAAGCUGAAGAGGAACCGAGCACUCUAAAAGAGUCUGGUGACGUAUACGACGAGGUUGAUGACGUCAUUCUGGACGCGACGAAUUCUUCGUCCGCUGUCACGGUGAUCCAUCGAAAAGAUGACUCUUUAGAUGAUGUUGAAGAUCUUCUGAUGACACCGAAGAACACGUCACUUUGCAGCGUCACGGAGGACUCAGUUGGACGAACGAAGCGAGUCUCACGAAGGCUGCCAGAGGAGUCGAGUUUUCUUGGAAAUUACAUCCGAGGAAAAUUGAAGGAUAUGAAAAAACCAAAUAUUAGCAAACGGCAGAAAACAACUCUGUCAGACGAACCGUACACUCGUGACGGCCAAUACUCUGGCAGAGAAAGCGUGACGUCAUACGUCGAUGACGUCACUGUGACGUCAGCAACAGAUGACGUCACUUCUCUUUGCACAUCUCGCUCCUCGCUAUCUUCAGGGUUCUUAACAAACGUGACCCCUCGACCCCCGCAUUUCGUCGUUGUCGCCAUUGACUUCGGUACUACGUACAGUGGCUACGCGUUCAGUUUCGUCCAGGAGCCAGAGUCGGUACAUUUAAUGCGCAAGUGGUCGGGAGGCGAUCCGGGGGUGACCAAUCAAAAAACACCAACUAUUGUUUUGCUUCGGCCCUCCGGAGAGUUUCAUUCAUUUGGCUUCGAAGCGCGCGACUUCUAUCACGAUUUAGACGCAAACGAAGCGAAGAAAUGGAUUUUUUUGGACCGGUUUAAAAUGGCCCUUCAUAGUGACCAGAACUUAAACAAGUUGACACAACUCGAAUCUGCAAACGGCCGACUCGUCCCAGCUUUACAAGUCUUCGCUCAUGCCCUUAAGUUUUUCAAGGAUCACGCUUUGCAAGAACUAUCAGACGAGCUUGGCACGAAUAUGAGAAUUAACGACGUGAGAUGGGUCGUUACUGUGCCUGCUAUCUGGCGCCCACAGGCCAAACAGUUUAUGCGACAAGCAGCUUACCAGGCCGGUUUAGCGACUGAAAACUUUCCAGAACAGCUCGUGAUCGCCCUUGAACCGGAAGCGGCUUCGAUAUUCUGCCGUAAGUCGCGAUAUUCCCAGCUCUCUGGCGCCUCAAGCGAGGAUAUGACGGUGGAGGACACACUCACAGUGGGGAGUCAGUAUAUGGUGGUCGAUUGCGGCGGUGGUACGGUGGACGUGACGAUACAUGAGGUUCUUAGUGGAGGAGGACUUAAAGAGGUGGAGGCGGCAAGCGGGGACGUGAUGGGGAGUGUGGCUGUGGAUCAGCAGUUCGAAAAUCUUCUACGAAAAAUCUUUGGCGGAAAGUUUAUCGAGAAUUUCCAAAGAAAACGACCCAUUGGUUGGGUCGAUAUGAUGAUAGCUUGGGAAUCGAGAAAAAGAUCGACUGGUCCCGACCGCGUUUCACCACUAAACGUCGCCCUCCCGUUUUCUUUUAUCGACCUUCACCGAAAAGUUCGAGGUUUUACUGUCGAAACUUCGCUUCGAAAUUUUGCUGACCAAAAUAUCAAGUGGUCAGCUCAGGGUAUGUUGCGAAUCUCUUCCGCCCUCAUGCGGGACCUUUUUACCCCAACAUUGGAGGCGAUAGCCGCCCAUGUUUCCGCUCACAUGAAUGAUCGGAUUUCUCAUCUUUUUCUGGUCGGAGGAUUCGCCGAGUCCAGGAUGUUGCAAAAAGCGAUCCGGUUUUCAGUUGCUGAGCAUGUUAGAGUUAUCAUCCCUCCAGACGCGAGUCUCACUAUUUUAAAAGGAGCUGUUCUGUUUGGACUGGACCCCACCGCAGUGCGCAUGCGCACAAGCCACAUGACUUACGGAGUCGGAAUAUUAAACAAAUACAUUACAUCGAUCCAUCCGGUGAAAAAGAAACUGAUUCGAGGUUCUUCCGUUUGGUGCAAAGAUGUUUUUGACGCUUACGUAAGAGGUGGAGAAACUGUUGCCCUGGGAGACGUCGUUCAGCGCAGUUACGCCCCCGUGCGUUCGGACCAAUCAGAAAUCGUUAUCAACUUUUACAGUUGUCCUCGUGCGAAUGUGAAUUUUAUUGACGAAGAAGACGUGAUCAAGUGCGCCACCCUACGGAUCCAAUUACCGAAAACUGUAGCGGUAACGUCGCGGAGGGAACUGCGUAUCUCUAUGAUGUUCGGCGACACCGAGAUAAAAAUAGACUGCCUUGACGUCAGCACAGGAUCCCGUGCGGAUGCGCGAGCGGAUUUCUUUGCCUAAAUAAUUGCAUGGGUACAUAGUUCAAUCAUAAGGGUCGUAGCAAUAUUUGACGCUAACGAAAAGUUUGUGCAAA